CGUAAGUAUUUUUACACAUUGGAAUGUCUAUGUCAUCAUGGGCAGAGCCACAAAUUAAAGUUAGAGGGGGCAAGGGGAAAGUCCUCAAACGGCAGUUAACAGCAGUUAAGUUGACUGUGAGAGGAGGGGCAAAAUUGCUCGGAUUGUAGAGUUCAAGGGCUUAUAUGCAUCAAUUAGAGUCUAGGGGCUUAAUAGCGAUUCUGGGGUUGGUUCAGGGGCUUAACUUAUGGUUUUGCCUAUUAUAAAUGAUGUUGAAAUUA